AAUGUUUACUUGGAAGAAACCUCAAGAUUUUCACUCUUCGCUUCAGCGGUUUGCAGAUGUUGGUCGUGAUGCUGGUUCAAGAGCAAAACAUUUCAAGUUGAUUUUUGAGAAUCUUACAAUUGAAGAAAAAAGGCAGUUGAUCGAGAGUUUUGGAUUUGAAAUUUAUCAUUUGAUUGAUUCACUUAUGCUUUGCCAUUAUGGACAACUAAUUGAACAACAAACAAUUGCUGAUGUUACUGCUGCAACUUAUACGACCGCGUUAGACAUACUUGAACAAGUUUUACUAAAUGCUCCGGAGUUUGUUGGAAUUGGUUGGCAAAGAAAUGGAAUUGAGUUUAUCUUGAAAAUGGUUCUCCAUCCUCGAAACGAAAUUUCUGUUAGAAAAUUGGCUAUCAGACUUUUCAUUAUUUGGUAUCAAACCUUAGCUGUUUAUGGCCGAACAAAUUAUAAUCUGGAUGUUGUUUUUCAAUGUGUUUUGCCUCACUUUCCUCUUAACAAUGAAUUAAGUACUGAUCGAAUUUUGACUAUGUUUUGUGAGGGUUUUGAACUUAACUCAUCAAAUUGUGAAUAUUCAAAUACACUGUUUGAGCCCUACAUUGCCAAAUGUAUUCCCAUCAUGAUUUGUACAUCAAGUGAAGUAGAUCAACAACAGCAACUUUCGACUGACAUCGCAACAUCUACUCGUGAAAAGGCAAAAACACUUCAGAUUUAUCUUGAUAAAUUUCUUGAAUAUAUAAUUCGUGAGACCAUGCGAAUUAAUUGGUCUAAUCCUCUACAACGCUUGGAAUGUGCAAGAUUUUUAUUGGAUCGUAUAAUUACUCUAUAUAUUUAUGAGUUAUUCCCCGAUGCGUCAACUGGAAUUGAUGUGAAUAGCGGUUUGGAGACUACUUUUGCUGAAGAUGUUAAAGAUGACAAACCGCUUCUUGAGACUGCAGAACCUGAAACCAUUGCUAAAUAUUGGCUCAUCCGAUUUUUUGUUCGUAUUGCUGAACCAUUUGAUUCGACUCUGCCUUCUUGUACUUCUUCCUCCAAUAACUUGCAAUUAACUUCUGAACGUAGCAAUAGUAAUAAUAUAUCUUCCUCUGGACUUCCACUCUUUAAACAAGUAUCAUUUAUUUUCAAAUAUUUCUAG